AUGCUGGAUCAGACACCCGAGUUCCCGUCGCACGAAGGACAGGUGACUCCUCUUUGGUUGGAUUGUGAUCCAGCUGCCCACCACCCUUCCUUAAAGCUGCUAGGGAUCAGUACCGUCCAUGGAAACGGCUCGCUUCAAAAUACAACAGUAAACGCCGGAAGCAUCCUGGAAGCCAUUGGCAGAUCAGAUAUUCCUGUAUAUCCAGGGGCGGCAAAGCCAUUCUGUAGGGCAGCUGUACAUGCACAAGAUAUUCACGGCGUAUCUGGACUUGAUGGGACAGAUUUACUCCCCACGCCAACACGUCCACCAAUGAGGAACCGAAAUGCAAUCAUCGCUAUGCGAGAUUCUCUGCUGGAACAGCCGAAAAACACAGCCUGGCUAGUUGUCACAGGAACUCUCACUAAUGUCGGGCUUCUUUUCGCAACGUUUCCUGAAGUUGCUGAACACGUUCGAGGUCUCAGCAUUAUGGGUGGUGCCAUAGGUGACGGGUUUUCGCAUGCCCCUAUUUGCAAGCGGGCAGGAGAUGAGUCGCGUGUUGGAAACAUCACACCUUGGGCAGAGUUUAAUAUCUACUGUGAUCCCGAAUCUGCACAAUCCAUUUUUUCGUCCCCGGCCCUUGCACCGAAAACAGUUUUAAUACCUCUAGAUCUUACACACCAGGUGCUAUGUACACCAAAGGUGCAGUCCCUCAUUCUGCAGACUGAACUCCAACCAGUAAUGGGUAGGAGCAACGUGAGCCCGACUCCCUCAGUCCUCCGCCAAAUCCUCCACUCUCUCCUAAUUUACUUUGCGGGCACUUAUGAAACGGUGUUUGGUCUCGAUGUUGGUCCCCCCUUGCACGAUCCCGUUGCCGUUGCUGUGUUAUUGUCCAACUUGAACACUAGCGAUAAUGGGAGCAACCAUGCAAGGGAUCUCCAUUUCGACGACCGGGAUGGAGAGCGCUUCCUCGUGAAUGUUGUGACGGAUGGCCAGCAUGGCUCAGAUCUAAAGAUUACCGGUGAGGUUGGUCGGACAAAUGCAAGUCCCGUAGAACGCGGAAAGGCCGGUGUGACUAUACCCCGUGGAGUCGACGUCGAUGCAUUUUGGAAUAUCGUGUUGGGGUGUUUGAGGCGGGCAGAUGAUUGGAAUGCUUUGCGGGGAGAUAAGGGAUUGGAGCUACACAAUUACAAGCGAUCCAUAUGCAGCAUAUUUUAUGGCCUUGAACUGAGGUCGUUCGGUCUCGCCUCUCAAAAUGGUAUUGAGUGGCCUGGUAGCAAUUUCGGUAUGCCACCCACUGAUAGAAAGGCGCCCGGAAGGAGUGCAAAAUUUUCCCUGAAAUUAUGA